AGCGCUUCCCGUCAGUGUUACUUGAAGCGUCGAGAGAGUAGCUCGUGCAGAGCAACCGCAAGUCCCCUCUCACGGUCAACCGUAAACACAACUUUCAAUCGAGUGAUGCCGAACGGUCGGGCGUACAAGUCGUAACGUCGACUUUCGCGAAAUCCGGCACGAGCCGAGUUUUUAAAGUGAAUGAUGAAAUUGAGGAUCGUGUUCAAGAAGAGACUGUCCAAAUUUCAAAAGUGAAAAAAAUCGCGAUGUGGUUACUAGUGCUCGUGUUCCUCUUCGCCCAGUCCUCCGCAUCCAGGUAUGGAGGACCAGUGCAGUGUACAUAUUUACCGGAUAAUACCGACACGACUUCGUCCAAACUUUCGUUAACUUGCAAGGUUAAAGUUCUUGGGGAAGCGCAAAGUGUGAACUUCACGUCUGUACCGUCGGAAAUAACUUCCAAGCUGAAGAUAAUCUGCGACGAGGGUUUGUUCGCCGAGAGCGUUUUACCGAUCCAGGGACUUCAACGUCUCCACGAACUCGUCAACUUGAACAUCGUCAACUGCAAGUUGCUGUCCAUAGAACCGAAUUCCUUCCUGGGGCUCUACAACUUGAAGCAGCUGUCCAUCAGUUCACACAACUCGAACUGGGGUCCUGGCAAAAGUUUGGAAUUGUCGAGUUUGAGUCUGGCGGGUCUUAAGGAGUUGAAACUUUUCGAUUUGUCAGACAACAACAUCCGAUUGUUUCGCGAUGGAACUUUUUGCGACCUGCAGAACUUGCAUACUUUGAACAUCACCAGGAAUCGUCUGAAGAAUCCUGAGAAUUUUGGAUUUAACAUUCCGGAGUGUAGCACCAGUGAACUUCAGCAUUUAGAUGCAUCUCAUAAUGGAUUACGUUCCCUCACCGAAGCCACCGGUUUUUCUUAUCUUCGUCGUUUGCAGACGUUGAACUUGAGCAACAACAACAUCUCGAUCAUCUCUGGUGAAGCUUUGACUGGUUUGGUUUCCCUGAAAGUGAUCAACUUGUCGAACAACAGGAUCGAAGGAUUACCCUCUGGAUUAUUCGCCGGUAGCAGAGAAUUGCACGAGAUCCAUCUGCAGAACAACUCUUUAUUUUCCUUGGCCAAAGGCAUUUUCCACCGUCUAGAACAACUUUUAAUUCUUGAUUUAUCAGGAAAUUCCCUUACCAGUAAUCAUGUAGAUGAUGGUACUUUCAUCGGACUUAUACGUCUGAUCGUCUUGAAUCUUUCUCAUAAUUCCCUCACACACAUCGAUGGGAAAACCUUUAAAGAUUUAUUCUUUUUGCAAAUCCUCGACCUCAGAAAUAAUUCCAUUGGCUUCAUCGAAGACAACUCUUUCUUGCCCCUUUACAAUCUCCAUACUCUCAAUCUCGCUGAGAACCGUUUGAAUACCAUAGAACCCUUAUUAUUCAACGGUUUAUUCAUCCUCAGCAAACUCACAUUAAACAACAAUCUCAUUUCAACCAUCGAUCCCAAAGCUUUCCACAACUGUUCUUCACUCAAAGAACUGGAUUUGAGUUCGAAUUCUUUGGAGCAAGUACCGGAAGCCAUUCAAGAGUUGACAUUCCUGAAAACGUUGGAUCUCGGUGAGAAUCAGAUAAGCGACUUCCGUAAUGGAUCUUUCAAGAAUCUCAAUCAGCUGACCGGUUUGAGAAUGAUCGACAACAAUAUCGGAAACUUGACUGCAGGGAUGUUUUGGGACCUUCCAAGUUUGCAAGUUUUGAAUUUGGCCAAAAAUAAGAUUCAAGGUAUCGAGAGAGACACCUUCAAGAGAAAUACCCAAUUGGAGGCUAUAAGAUUGGAUGAGAAUUAUGUUGGUGAUAUAAAUGGAAUUUUCGCAACUUUGGCUUCUUUGUUAUGGUUGAACUUAUCCGAUAAUCAUUUGGUGUGGUUCGAUUAUGCAUUUAUACCGAAGAAUCUGCAGUGGUUGGACAUUCAUGGUAAUUUCAUCGAACAUUUGGGAAAUUACUACAAGAUUCAAGACGAAAUAAGGAUUAAAACUUUGGAUGCUAGUCAUAACAGAAUUACUGAGAUAUCCCCUAUGUCCAUAGCCAACAGCAUUGAGUUGUUGUUCAUCAACAACAAUUUCAUCAAAGCCAUUCAUCCCAAUACUUUCUUGGACAAGACCAAAUUGGCCAGAGUAGACAUGUAUGCAAAUGAAUUGGUUAAUCUAGAUCUCAGUGCUCUACGUCUUUCUACAUUCCCUGAAAAUAAAUCUCUACCCGAAGUAUACCUUGGAGGAAACCCUUUCCACUGUGACUGUAAUAUGGAAUGGCUUCAACUGAUCAACAACAUCACAGAUUCCAGACAAUAUCCCAGAAUAAUGGACUUGGACAACGUUUUGUGCAAGCUGACUCAUUCCAGCAGAGGUGUUUCUCAUCUACCAUUCAACAGGGCGAAAAGCAGCGAUUUCCUAUGUACCUACGAAACCCACUGUUUUGCCCUUUGUCAUUGUUGUGACUUUGAUGCCUGUGACUGUAAGAUGACCUGUCCUUCCGGAUGUUCCUGUUAUCACGACAGGACUUGGAACACAAAUGUGGUAGAUUGUUCUAAACAGAAUUCCCCAGAUAUACCCCAAAGAAUACCGAUGGAUGCCACUGAUGUCUAUCUUGACGGUAACAAUUUGACUGAUUUGAAAGAUCACGUUUUUAUUGGAAGAAAGAACCUCAGGAACUUGUAUUUCAAUAACAGCGGUAUCUUGGAGAUCCAAAACAGUUCCUUCAAUGGUUUGAACUCUUUACAAACGUUGCAUUUGGAAGAUAACAAGAUCAAGGCGUUGCAAGGAUUCGAGUUCGAGCAUCUGGUGAAUUUGAAGGAGUUAUAUCUGCAAAAUAACCAGAUAAGUUUUAUCGCUAACAGCACUUUGGAACCGUUGAGAUCCCUGCAAAUUUUGAGAUUGGACGGUAACAAAUUAGUGUCUUUCCCGUUGUGGUUGCACACCAGCCACCUACGUUUAACCGAGUUGGCAAUCGCCUUCAACCCCUGGUCGUGUCGGUGCAAGUUCCUCCAGGAGUUUACGGGAUGGGUCGCAGAUAACGCCCAGAAAAUCGUGGACAGUAACGAAAUAAUGUGUGUGAAUUCGGACUCUAAACCGCCCACUCAACGUGGCUUGGACUUUAACAGCACAGCCUGCAGUGAUUUUUACGCCGGUAGUGUCAUCGAUACAAUGUUUGUGUCCGCCUAUUGGCCAACUGUAGUCGCGACCCUCUGCCUAGUUAUAAUCGUGCUUUUGGUCAUCGUGUUGUGGUUCAUGUUCAGAGACUCGCUCAGGGUGUGGUUGUACUCCAGUUACGGCGUAAGAUUGUGCAGUUUCCGAGCCGCUGCCGCGUUCGAAGACAGGGACAAGUUAUACGACGGUUUCGUGUGUUACAGUCCCAAAGACGAAGAGUGGGUCGUGCAAGCCUUGUGCGCCGAGCUAGAGACCAAGUUUCAAUUGUGCUUGCAGUAUCGGGACUUCCCGCACGCUGCCUAUCUCCAACACACCGCCCCAGCCGUUCUGGAGGCGGCUGAAGCUAGUCGAAGGGUGAUAAUAGUUUUAACUAGGAACUUUUUACAGACUGAGUGGUCGCGUUACGAGCUCCGACAAGCUCUGCACGAAGCUCUAAAAGCGCGAGUGUUCAAAUUGGUGAUCUUGGAGGAGGGUCCCCUUCCUGAAGCGAUGAUGGACCCGGAACUCAAACCCUAUCUGAAAACGGCCCAUAGGGUCCGAUGGGGCGAGAAGAGAUUCUGGGAGAAAUUAUACUACUCCCUUCCUUCCGUGGAAAACCGAGGGAAAAUCAACGCCAACUACAGAAGAAACAUCAACAACUACACCAUAGACUCCAGGGUGGUUCCUAACGGUAGACAGAGUCACCACAGCUACCCGGAGAAGAUGAGGACGCAACCACCGCCGUCCCCUGGCAUGCAGAUGCUGCCACCCCCAGCGUACUCUUCCGGUAAUCACCCGGAGGUAGACGACGCCAACUACUCCUCGGCGACGACGGCGACGCCUUCUCCAAGACCUGCCAGAAGGACGAUCCAAGAACCGAGGCCGAUAAGCGACCACAUUUACUCGAGUAUAGACAGCGAUUACAGCACCCUGGAACGGGGUGGAUCCGGCAGGAGGGGCCUCCCAUGGAGACCCCAUGUCUUUGUUCAGACUGCCGGAGUCCAAAACGGCGGGCAGGCCUACCUUGUGUGAUAACCUUAACGACUGAUUAGGUAUGUAAAGAAAAUUUCGAAGAAAGACUCUGUAUAAUGUAAAAUAAUCCUCCAAAUUAUAUUAAUUUGUAUUAUUUUUGUACAUUGAUUGUAAAUAGGAUAUAUAUUUAUUUGUUUAUUGAUCUGUAUAAUUUUUGUGCAUAUUUUCUACCUAUUGCAAAAGCGAAUUAUUAUAUAUAAAAUAAAUGCGAUGUGAAUUAUAAA